AUGCGGUGGUUCAGGAAUCGUGAGCCGCCGCGGCUUCUUGCCGUUUCGCCGGAAGAGCCUCGCUCCACUAGAAGAUCUAGAAUUGAUAUGUCACCAGUGCGAUAUAAUAACCGAAAAAGUAGCACCAGUUCGGUAGAAACCAAUUUUUACAAUUUAAACGAUCAAAUUAUUAUAGUUGAAAAAUCGCCUCAUCCAUGCCAUCGCAGCUGUGAAACUCCAGUAACAAGAAGAAUUUCUUUACAAAAUGGACCAACAUCACCCCAAGAAUUAUCUUAUGAUAACAGUCAAAAAAAUAGAGGGAGCUCCUUGGAAAAAGAAUACAUGACGUAUAGAGAGAAAAGGAACCCAUUGCUAGAUAAAGUGAAAAAUACUAAACUGUCAUGUUUUAGAUCCAAUGGCCCUAUUCGUCACGGCGAUGAUGCAGUAUCAACAUCUGGUAGUGACUGUAGUGGCUUUGGCCAUGUUGAUGAAGUAACACAAUGUCGUUACGCUGAAAAUUAUUCAGAACAUACGGAGUUCGAAAACCAUAAUCCUUGGGUGAAAAUGUCAAACUACGAGGAUGAUGUAUUUUUUGCUAAAACUCCUAUUGAAUGUAAUUGGCGUGAAGGUAAAUCAUUCACAAAUAGGGGUACGAGAUGUUAUAGCUCAGGAUCGGAAUGUGACAGAUACCAUGCAAUUCCAAAAGUGGGAACAAAACUUUCUAAAUCAAGUGAUCAAAUAUUUAAUGACGACUAUGAACCUUAUGAUUGCACGCCGAUGAAAGGUAAAAAGACUGAUAAACAAAAAACUAAAGACGAUAAAGAUACAAUAGGGCCUAGUUCAUGUCUAUCAGCUAAACUAAGAGCAAUGUCUGAUAGAUAUCUUAAAUCAUCUACGAAUAGAUUUUUUUCAAAGCUAUAUAAACAAAACGACGAAGUAGGUAUAAACAGUCUUAACGACAGUGCUAUAAAAUCCACAAGUUCAGCGAGUAGAAGUCGCAAGAAAAGGGGAGGAGUUAAAGCAAAACUUAGAAGUUUUUCCUAUGGAGCAUUACCUGGUUUAGAUGAGUUUCAAAAACAAAAUUCAGUUUUUCAUGAUGAUGUGUAUCAAGUCUCUUGCGAUGAUGAAAAUGUUUUGAUUCAAGAUUGUGAAGAUGCAGAUUCAGGUAUACUAGUCAACGAAUCAGCAGCGUCUUCAAUAUUUGACAGCGAUAGAAUAUCACGAUGUGAAAGUUCCGCUUCCCAUACAAACUCUCAGAUACAGAGUCAUAGUAGAAGUAUUUCGGGUGAUCAAACAUAUGUUAAGACUCGAAUCUCUUAUAGAAAUCGAAGAGACAAAAAUGAUCACCCUAAGCCUAGACCACGCCAUACUCAAAGAGCUUUGUCAUUAGAUCGUAAAGAAAUACUAAGGCGUAUGCCUAAAAAUUCUGAAUAUGCUGAACCUCAAUACCUACAACUGACAGAAAAACAAAAAAUGCGCCAAAGAGAUGCUAGUCUGGAAGACUAUGGAAUACCCCCUAUACCUCCAUGUCGUAAAACUACUAAAAACAAGAGUAAUAAGCUGCAGUCAGAAUUUAAAGUAGUAAGGAUAAUUAAAAAGAAUCCGGGUGAUGAGCUAGGCAUAUUUAUUGCUAAAACUAAACUUGUGGACGAAGGUCAUGUGGGAUACUUAGUGGCACACGUUGUUGCUGAAGGAUUAGCUGAUAAGGAAGGUACUCUUCAAAUAGGUGAUGAGCUUCUUAAUGUAAAUGGUCGUAGACUGCGAGAUCUGACAAUGUCGGAAGCCAAAGAAGCGUUAAGGUCUGGUUCAGCGGAGAUUGAUAUAGUUAUAUGCAGACAGCGAGAAAAGUCAGAACCUGAAUCAGUACAACGGGAACCUACACAGAGAAAUAUAGCUUUAAUGCGUGAAAGUUCCGUGGAUUACGAAAACGCUAUAAUUCUAGGAAAAGAGAGAUGCAAUAAUAAAUAUGACAUCAAAGUCGACCUACGUCAAAACGAACCCGCAUGUAAUCGGCUCUUAUCAGGAACGGAUGAGGCGGAUGGAACGGAGGACACACAGUCGCGCUUCCUAAAAGGGCAGAGUGCGGGUUAUAGCAGUAUGAACAACAAGUUAUUGCGACGGCAGGUUGUCAGUUAUGGUGGUGCUAAUAAGGAUGCGCUUGUUCUUAGUUGUACAGGUGAUAUAGUGGAUGUGGAUGUGCCAGAUGGUACUACUGAGAGAACAGAUAAACAUGAAGAUAAUGUGCAGACGCAGAAUACCGCAAAUUUCUGCACGCUCCCAAGAAAACCAAGAGCACCAACACACACUUACCAUACGAUCGUUUUUGAGAAGGGUCAUGGAAAGAAGCCCUUAGGAUUUACGAUAGUUGGCGGACGGGAUUCUCCUCGAGGUCCCUUGGGAAUUUUCAUAAAAAGCAUCCUACCACAGGGACAGGCGAUAGACGACGGAAGAUUGAACGCCGGUGAUGAAGUUUUAGCAGUGAACGGUCAGGCGUGUCAUGAAUUAGCCCACGUGGAAGCUCUGGCUCUCUUCAAAGCAGUUCGAAGUGGGACCAUCGAGCUGAGAGUUUGCCGCAGAAUUAAAAACCAAUCUACCAAAGCAAAAUCGUGCACUGAUCUUCUGAAUGACGACGAUUGA